AUGGAAUGUGUAACACACCCUGCAAUUUACAAUUUCGGGGACUCAAAUUCGGACACCGGAGGUAUCUCUGCUGCAUUUGAACCCAUACAAGCACCUUAUGGUGAGAGUUUCUUCCGGGGACCUGCCGGAAGGUUUUCAGAUGGUAGACUUCUCAUUGACUUCAUCGCUGACCUCAUGAGAUUACCUUACUGGCACGGAGCUAAUUUUGCUACAGCAGGAUCCACCAUUAGGAGACAGAACGAGACUAUAUUCCAAAGUGGUAUAAGCCCCUUUUCCCUGGACGUUCAAAUCGUGCAUUUUCAUCGUUUCCAAUCCAGAACUGAAGAGCUCUAUAGACAGGUGAAGAACAAACUCCCAAGACCUCGCGAAUUUUCAAAAUCUCUCUACACAAUUGACAUAGGCCAAACUGAUCUAGCUGUUGGCUUCCGCCAGAUGAGUAAUAUGCAACUUCGGACAGCCAUAGCAGACAUAAUAAACCAGUUUUCUGCAGCAGUAACGCGUCUAUAUCAACAAGGAGCAAGGGCAUUUUGGAUACACAACACGGGUCCAAUCGGUUGCUUACCAGUAUCCACAUUAUACCUCAGAAAUCCGAAACAAGGUGUUCUUGAUAACUAUGGAUGCUUAAAGAGACAUAAUGAAUUGGCCUUAGAGUUCAAUAGACAGCUGAAAGCCAGGAUAAGAACAUUGAGAGCAGAGCUUGAGCAUGCUGCUAUAACAUAUGUAGAUGUCUAUGCUGCCAAGUAUGAACUGAUCAGCAAUGCCAAGAGCCAAGAUUUCAUGGAACCCCAGAAAAUAUGCUGUGGGUUACACGAGGGGAACAGACAUGUAUGGUGUGGUCAGAAAGGAAUAGUGAGAGGUGCAGAAGUUUUUGGAGGAGCUUGUGUCAACCCUUCAGAUUAUAUAAGCUGGGAUGGAAUACAUUACUCACAAGCUGCUAAUCAAUGGAUUGCAAAUCACAUACUAAAUGGCAAUUUCUCUGAUCCUCCCAUUCCCAUCACUCAUGCUUGUCAUAAACAUCUUCACUAUUAGGAAUCUUGUAUUAUAAACAUGCAUCUUAACUAGCA